AUGUUACAGAAGUGGGGGAGAGACAAAGAAAAAAAGAAAGAGAGGGAGGACAUAUCUCAAACUGUAACCACAUCCGGAGACCCCGACACCCUCUCCCUGCUUCGCCCUUCUCUUUCCCUUCUCAAGCAUCGCAGUUUCACCGCCUGUCGCCACUUCACGUUAACCCUAGCGUCAAUUUUUGUUCAUAACAUUGAAUUCAAAAGGAAGAAGAGGGAGUUGGGUUCAGUGGCGGUGUUUGUGCGUUUAAACGAUAGAGAGCCACAAAGUCAAAGACCUAUUCCAUCAGUGGGGGUUCUGAACAAAUCAGAGAUGGUUCUGCUGAAAGACAUUGUGCCUGCAGCUCAGAACAACAUAGAGAGUAAGUUCAUAGUUUUGGAGAAAGGCAGCACAACACUAGAAGGACAGAAUAGGAUAUGCUUGACUCUUGUAGCUGAUGAGACAGCGGCAGUUCACCUUCAGCUUUGGGGAGAUGAAUGUGAUGCGUUUAAUUCAGGCGAUAUAAUUCAUUUGACCAAAGGAAUUUUUUCCUACCAGCAUGCUAACCUUAUACUCAGGGCAGGCAAGAGAGGGAGGCUAGAGAAGAUAGGAGAGUUUACCAUGUCCUACGUUGAAAUACCAAACAUGAGUGAGAUUCAUUGGAUCCCUGACCCAAGCAAUUCUAAAAAUUAUAUCCAGGACUAUGUAAUAUCUCCCCACUCACGCAUCUUCCCUCUAAUUCCGUAG